GCGGACGCAGGGUCGCACGCCAUUGGCGGGCAGGGCGCAGGCUCAUUUGCUCAGACCGCCCCGAUGUUUUGGGGAGCGAGGGCAGGUGGCGGAGAGCGUGCGCUGUUCGUGCGCAUGGGCAGAUGGUGUCUUGGGGGGCCCAUCAGCUUUACUGCUUCCUCGCGAGACAGACGCUGCGCGGUCACGCCAGGUUGAAAUUGCAGUCUCGUGGUUAAGAGCCUGGACUCUGUCUGGACGCACACUCCCGAAGUUGGAAUUCUAUCAGCCAGCUGUGCGACCUCGCUGUACCAUCUUCCUUGUGGUGGCCUUGUCUUGGGGUGAGCAGUCAAGAGCGUUCGCUGCUGUUUUUACCAGACAAUGAUGUGUUUCUGAAAUUCUGAACCAUGAGUCUAGCACUUAAUGAUCUGCUUAUUUGCUGCCGUCAACUAGAGCAUGAUAGAGCUACAGAACGAAGGAAAGAGGUUGAGAAAUUUAAGCGCCUGAUUCAGGAUCCUGAAACCAUUCAACAUUUAGAUCGGCAUUCAGAUUCCAAACAAGGCAAAUACUUGAAUUGGGAUGCUGUUUUUAGGUAUUCCUUUCUAAUUUUUUUCCUCUUUCAUUUUUAUUUCUGUUGUGUAUUUUUUGUGUGUAAGUAGGUCUAAUUUAUCUUUGCUCCCUAUCUACCAUUGUGCAUUGCAAUGAAAUUGGUGCUUAAUAUUUAACUGAAAUGUAAUUUUUAAAGGAUGUUCAUAUGGAAAAAGUUAAACAUUUUUAGAUCAUUUGUUCAAUAAAAUGUCUUAGACAUAUCUCACUCAAGAUUAGAGAGAAUUUCUUUCAU